AGCUCCUCUUCCAAGCAUAGCAACAGGAGCAUGGAGGUGGAGCCCAAGUUACAAGAGCCUCAACUGUCUGGUGCCUACAUCCGUAGUCUUGUCAAGCAGCUGAGCUCUUCAAGGACCAAAGAUCCCAUGAAAUCAAAGUCUAGAGAUGGGGCAAGUGCAGGUGAAUCUUCUCAAGACAUCGCUAAAGAUGGUGAGCGCCUUGGUGACACUCAACAGCAACAAUCACCACCAUCAUCAAUGAAAGCUUUGCUACGAAAGAAACAGGUGAGAAGACGACUCCGUACCAGUAGGCCUUACCAAGAAAGAUUACUUAAUAUGGCAGAGGCUAGGAGAGAGAUUGUGACUGCACUUAAACUUCAUAGAGCUACCAUGAAACAAGCAAAUGAGCAACAGCAGCAGCAGCAGCAGAAACAGCAGCAGCAACAACAACAACAACAACAACAGAAUCCAUCACCUUCUCCAACUCUGGAGCUAUCUCCAGCAGUGCUAGAGGAGUUGCAGCAGGAGCUGAAUGAGUAUAGGAGAAAUUCUAGGAUUUAUACUCCUAACAACACAUUUCCUAACUACGCCCACAACACCAAAUUGUCACCCUUUACUUACCCUUCUUACUCUUGGAUUUAUCCACCAAUUACACGACUAUCCAUCUCUGAUGACCUCAACAUCCCUUUGCCCAAUCAACCAUUAGGCUUAAAUCUCAGCCUUCAAAGGUUCAACAAUAAAGACGAGUCCUUUUGCAACAACCUCAAUAGGAAACCAUCAAUCCAGCCAUCAUCUUGUUCAAAUUCUUCUGCUAGUAUCAUGUCAAGCAUCAAAAUACCAUGUAUCUCAAAGAUUUCCUGCCAGGCCUCUGGGGUUCCAUUGGAUCCUGCACCAGUGUCAUUGCAUCCAAUGAUGGAUGAUGAUGAAAUUGCAGAGAUCCGUUUGAUUGGAGAACAGCAUGACAUGGAGUGGAAUGACAAGAUGAACUUGAUGACAACAGCAUGGUGGAGUAAGUACCUCAAAAACAUGGAGGAUGGCCUAUGUGAAAAGGAAGAUCCACAUGAAGCAGGUUUUCAAAUGUUCAAUGAGGUAUUCAACAUGCCAUCUUGGUUGAGUAAUGAAGGGGAUGCUAAAGAGUCUUGCCUCUUCCAACCACAUAUGAAUAGCGACUACAAUGAAGAGGACUACAUGCAUGAUGCUGCCUUUCCAUGCUUUGACACCGGAGAAAUCAAAGAUUGGAAUGGAGAAUGGAUACUAUAGUGAGGCUUAUCAUUUUUUAUAAAGGAUGAUUCAUCAUCACUAUUGUCAUAGUUUUUUUUUUUUUUCCAUUUUUCAUAUUUUCAAUAAAUGACCAUGUUAAAAAUAUCAUGGCAAGCACAUGCAGAGUAAAAUGUAAUGGGGAAAGAGCAAACCAGAUCUUUUGUUUGUCAAUUGUUCAUUAUAAGCAUUAUGAUCAAAAGAAAGGCUAGAAAUAUGAUAAAUUGUUUAGAUGCUAAUCCCACCUACCACCUGCAAGACUUUGUGAUCAAAAGAAGAGAAUUGGAUUAGUGAGAGAGAAAACCCAAUAUACGGCAAUGUACCAACAGUAGGAGAAUUCUAGGUGGCCUUGAUCC